GGGAGGGUGAGCGAGCGAGCGAAUGUCGCAGCCGCUUUUCUCGGUUGUCGUUGAAGAUUCGCCCCCAACAUGGCGGCGGCCGUGAGCGGGGCUGAGGAGGAGGAGGAGGCGAUGGCGGCGAAAUCGCCGGCGGAAGGCCAGGCGGGAGCAGGCGGAAUGGAGCCGGGGACGGCGACCAUGGCAGCCGUAGCGUGUGGAGGCGGCGGCGGCGGCGAGAGUGAGGAGGAGGAGGAGGAGAACAACGUCUACGAGGUGGAGAAGAUCUUGGACAUGAAAACGGAAGAUGGAGAAGUAAAAUAUAAAGUACGGUGGAAAGGCUACGCACCAGAUGAUGAUACCUGGGAACCUGAGGAACAUUUGAAAGAUUGUAAAGAAGUUCUUCUUGAGUUUCGAAAGAAAAUGCUGGAUAUUAAAUCUAAGCCUGUUAAAAAAGAGGUACAGAAACUGCCUUUAAAUGAUGAUCUUUUUGAAGCAGAUUCUGAAGCAGAUAGUGAUUGGCAAAGUGAUACAAAAGGGGACCGAUCGCCAAAGAAGAAAAAGAAAAAAUCUAAAGACAAAGAAGAUAAAAACCAAGAUGAAAUACAAAAGAAAAAAACUAAACUAGCCAAAGUUAAAGAAAAACCAGGGCUAGAACGUGAAAAUUCUUCUGACAGUUUGGCUUCAGAUUCAAAACCAAAGAAAAGGACUUCUGAGUCAAAGGAAGACAUUAAAGAUUCCAAAAAACAAAGGCGAGAGGAUAUAAAAGAUAACAGUAAAAAAAAAGAAGUCAAAGAUGGAAAGAAAAAAAUGAAAGAGGAGAGUAAAGAAAAUAAACAUAUGCAAAAAGGGAAACACAGUGUUAAUAAUUUAGAUGCUGAAUCUAGUAUGCAAGAUGAUUCUUUUUCUCAAGCUGCAGAUUUUGAAAGUGAAGAUUUAGACUCUGAUAGCAGUGAGGAAAAAUAUAGGACAUCUUCUGGCAAAUACCGGUUAGAAGAGGAGGUCUUCGUUUCAGUUCAACAGCCCGAUAGUACUUCAAGCACAGAUGAUAGUUCUGAAAUGAGGGUUAAGAAGAAGAAAAAGAAACACAAAAAGGUUGAGGAGCUAGAAGAAAAUAGAAGAGGAGACAAAAUUUUGGAGAAGAAAUGCACACAGAAAAAGCAGAAGGCUCCAGAGAAAACAAAAGCUGCUCCUGAGCUUGAAAAUAAGAGGCCGUCUAUAUCUGCUCUGACACAGAAGGCUUUGAAAUUGUCUGUUGAUGAACGAGGAUGCAAGCCCGGCGAUACAGUAGGGGAAGUAAGCAAUAACACAAAACUGAAAAGCAAAGAGGGAAAGUCAAUCCAAUCUUAUGCUGGGAAUGUGCUUCAAAAGUCAGCCAUUCCUGAAAGCAAAGAAAAGAAUAUAAAUUGGAGAACUGACGAGGAGAAAAUAAAAGAGAAGCCUUCUCAGCAUUCUCUAGGGGAGAGUCUUUUUGAAAAAUUUACAAUGGAUGUUGAAUGCAGUAAAGGAGAGAGCAUAGUUGGUAAGAAGAAUCUCUCCAAAAGUGAGCUGAAUGUUGAAGAAAUCCCAAAGGAAAGAAGCAUUUUAUCUAAGGAAAAGGAAACCAAAAAAAGCGAAACAAAAGAGAAACUCCUGAAGAAAUUAGACUCUGAAAAGGAAGAAAAAAACAGAAAAGAGCAAAGGGGAUUCAAAAGUUUGAAAGAGAUCAAGAGUGCAUUUGAUGUGUUUAGCAUCUGUUCAGAAGAAAAAAAUGAAUAUUUGGACAGUCGAAAAAAGGAGGAGUCAGUGCAUGAUUCUAGAUCCACAGAUGAAUUUAGAUUAAAAGAUAAGCAGGUAUAUAGCAGGACCACCAGAGAUGAGACCGAUACUUGGGCAUAUAUUGCAGCAGAGAGUGACCAUGAUGUAAAUGAGGACAGUUCUGAUACAAAGCAACAGACUGUGAGUUUGGGCAUGGACAUGCAGUUAGAAUGGCUAUCACUAGAGGACUUUCAGAAACAUCUUGAUGGAGAAGAUGAAGAGCACUUGUCAAGUGAUGUGAUAUCAUCUGCUCAGCUGCGAGAUGCUGUUAAAAAUGGGAACUAUACUAUGGCAAAGAUGGCACUUAAUUCAAAUGAAGAAUAUAAUCUCGAACAGGAGGAUUCUAGUGGAAUGACUCUGGUGAUGCUGGCUGCUGCAGGAGGUCAUGAUGACAUCCUUCGACUUCUUAUCCGGAAAGGAGCUAAAGUUAAUUGCAGACAAAAAAAUGGAACAACUGCAUUGAUUCAUGCAGCUGAAAAGAACAAUCUAACUACUGUAGCCCUGCUUUUGGAAGCUGGUGCACAUGUGAAUGUGCAGCAAAAGAAUGGUGAAACAGCACUAAUGAAGGCUUGUAAGAGAGGAAAUUAUGAUAUUGUCCGUCUUAUGAUUGAAAAUGGAGCUGACUGCAACCUUUCAUCAAAGCAUCAGAGCAAUGCUUUUCAUUUUGCCAAGCAGUGUAAUAAUUUAUCAGUCUCCGAACUUCUCAGGAGUCACUUGGCUAUGCUCACCCGAGUGGCAGAAGAAACAAUCAGGGAAUACUUUGAAGCCCGUCUUAGUUUGAUGGAACCAAUAUUUGAUAUUGCAUGUCAUCUGCUCUGUGAGGGACCAGAUUAUUCCUCAGAAUUCACCUAUAAGGCCCCACAGAAUGUGCCUGAAGGAUCUGGGAUUCUUUUAUUCAUUUUCCAUGCAAACUUUUUGGGGAAUGAUGUUGUUGCUCGACUUUGUGGACCAUGCAGUGUGCAAGCUGUGGUUUUGAAUGACAAAUUCCAGCUGCCUGUGUUCUUGGUAAAUUUUUCAUCUGUUUGGUUACUUAUAUAAUCUUCAGAGAUGUAUGGAUUUUUUAUUUCUAAGAGAACAAUUGAUCCUUUUGAAAGAGGAUCAAGCUUCAUUUUAAACUGAAGCUUGUGUUAUGGGGAAUACCUUCAAGUUUCUGAAAACUUGAAAAUCUGUGAUUGAGCUUGUACUUUGCAUACAAAUGUUCUCCAAUUCAGUCUCCUGUUUCUUGUGCAAGAUUUGC